CUUUUUGUUGCUGUAGACUCUCACAGUACGUGUGUGUGUGUGUGCGCGUGUGCAUGUGUGUGUCUGCAGUUUGCUCAUUUCUUUUUUUUUUUUUUACUCCAAACAAACCGCCUUUUCUUAUCGGAUUCUUCACUUCCACCUCGAAGAAGUGUAUCGGUUUUUUCGUGUGGACUUCAUAACUGUGUGUGGGGAUAAAGCUCGAAGAGGAUAUCAUAAGGAAGAACGACUCAAAGAAGAAGAAAAACACACAAACCUGGAGGAGGAAAAGGGCGUUCAUACUUCGAAGUAACCAUGGAAGUUCCUGGUAUGCAGAGUUCUCAGAUUGAUCCGGAGGAGUUGUUCACCAAAUUGGAUCGUAUUGGAAAGGGAUCUUUUGGAGAGGUUUUUAAAGGGAUUGAUAAUCGCACUCAGAGCGUUGUCGCCAUCAAGACGAUCGAUCUGGAGGAGGCUGAGGACGAGAUCGAGGACAUCCAGCAGGAGAUCACGGUUCUCUCUCAGUGCGACAGUCCGUACAUCACCAAGUACUUCGGCUCCUAUCUGAAGGGCAGUAAACUAUGGAUCAUCAUGGAGUAUCUGGGCGGAGGUUCAGCGCUCGAUUUGCUUCGGGCGGGUCCGUUUGAUGAGUCUCAGAUUGCCACCAUGCUGAAGGAGAUCUUGAAGGGGCUCGACUACCUGCACUCUGAGAAGAAGAUCCACCGAGACAUCAAAGCUGCCAACGUGCUGCUGUCGGAGCACGGCCAGGUGAAGCUGGCAGACUUCGGCGUGGCCGGUCAGCUGACGGACACGCAGAUAAAGAGGGAAACCUUCGUGGGAACGCCGUUCUGGAUGGCUCCAGAGGUCAUCCAGCAGUCCGCCUACGACUCCAAGGCUGACAUUUGGUCGCUCGGCAUCACGGCCAUCGAGCUCGCCAAGGGAGAGCCCCCCAACUCGGACAUGCAUCCGAUGCGAGUGCUGUUCCACAUCCCCAAGUCUCCUCCCCCGACGCUGAGCGGAGAUUUCUCCAAGAGCUUCAAGGAGUUCACCGAGGCGUGCCUCAACAAGGACCCUGCCUUCCGGCCAACAGCCAAAGAGCUCCUCAAACACAAGUUCAUCGUCAAACACUGUAAGAAGACGUCCUACCUCAGCGAGCUGAUCGACAGGUACAGGCGCUGGAAGGAGGAGGGCCACAGCGGCAGCAGCUCCGACGACUCAGACAGUGAGUCCAGUAAUAAGGAGAACAGCGAGUCUCCUGAGUGGUCCUUCACCACGGUCCGUAAGAAGAAGACGGAGAGCAAGAAGGUCCUCAAUGUAACGGGUCAGGAUCAGCAGAUUAAAUCAGCCAGUCUGACCACAGUCAUCUCUCCCGUCUUCACUGAGUUGAAGCAGCAGCACAAGGAGCACUCUGAGCAGCGAUUGGCCAUCGAGGAGCUGGAACGCAACAUCCGAUUGGCUGAAGAGGUCUGUCCAGGCAUCACAGACAGGAUGGUCACACACAUCCUUGCUAGAUUCACAAUGAACUGAAGGACUCGGAAAAUGGAUCAGAAAAGGAAGGAAGUGCGUUAUGGGAAUAGAGACUGUGUCUCCAUACGGUGACGCUGCUGCACGAUUGGAAACCGAGGAUAUUUGCUGUGCGAUGUCUCCUCGCUGUACACACAGAAACACACACACACACACACACACACACACACACUCACACACACUACUAAUGUAAUAUAUACACUAUUAUAAAUAUAUAUACUCGCUGUUGCUGGUUGAUUGUUUUUCUCCCCCGAGUUGGAUUUGAAAGAUAGCUGUUUUUAUUUUAUUUUUUAAAUCCACUGAUCUGAAGUUUGGAAGAAACAGUCUAGUCAGUUGGAUUUUUUUUUUUUUUUUUUUCCCUUUUUUGGGCCACAGGCUUGCUUAAAGUAAGUCUUUGUAAUUAUUAGUCUUAAAAUUACCACCAGGUGCCUUAAUUAUUUAUGCUGUGAGUCUUUUUCUAAAAGGAGGUUUUUUUUGAAACCACACACAGAGAGAUAUAAAGAAGAGGGGGCCUCCAUCAGCAGUGGUAGGUGUGAGUCAUGACUUUUCUUGACUUUGUAGAUGUCUAUAUGUUUGUUCGGUAGCACUUGAGACAGAUUAUAUGCCAAUAUAACAUAUUUUUGUUGUCUUUAGUAAUUCUUUAUAUUACAGUUCCCUGAUCCAGGUCCAGUUCAGGUCUAACUUCCAAAGUCUAACACUUCAGGGUUACAUUUAGCUCGUUUUACAGCCAUACACCUAUUUCAUUCUGGGAUUGACUUCCUGGGAUGUGUGUAGUUCAAAGAGUGUCCAGUUGGAAUACAAUUACACUGUAAAUAAAACAAAAUGA